UUUUCUCGUAGAAAUAUCACACAUGGGGUAACAGGUGCCAUCUUGAUUCGGCAUGCUUACAGACAUCCCGCACCGGUGAAUGGCCCUUUUGCCUUUACCUGGUUUUACCCCUUCUAACAUCAAUCUACAAUGUAUCCGAAUCGCGAAGCUACCGAUUUCAUUUGCCAAGCUCGCGUCCGGGCCAACCGAUCUACAUCUGCCAUUCUUUCGCAUCCGUUCUUCAUAAUCCUUCCGCAAUGUUUUAUCUUCAUCAGGUUCUGUGUAGUCACCGCCCUUCCGUGACAUGCUGACAGUUAGGCCGCAGGUUUGCCUUCGGUGGGGUAGACUACCAACAAGCACAGUAUUGCCUUGAAGCAGUUUAGACUGAAUCCUGAAUUUCAAGCCAAACUUUAUGAUUGCGCAAGCCAGCAAAAAAAGGCAGCAAUACGAAGAGCAUCAUCAUCAUCCCAUGAUGUAAGGGGUGCGUUGGUGAAGCCACUAGUUGGCAAGAAGUACCAUGUAGCUGUGACCAGUGCCUGAACUUCCAGCUGAGAAGACUUCUUGCCUUGACGAAUGGAGAGAAAUCAGUGUUUUGUGAUUGGAAUGCAUGCAUCGGAUCAAAUUCGCUCAAGGUAUUUGGGUUGAAGCAUAGAUACUAGAGAACAUUAGUGCUUAUACACAUUUGAAGAAAAUGAUAUAUAAACAGCCAAGUUUGCUUUAUUCCAACAUACAACUUGUAGAGACCCUUCUACUUAAACAACAAGCAAUACAGAAAUCAGUCUACAAGAGAGUUCUGCCAGAUAUGGGUGAUCUAUCCUCGACAAGGCUAGAUGUUAGCAGCCGACAUUCAGAAUCGAAUGGCAACCCUGACCACCCCGGCGACGAUGAUAGGCGGAAGAUAUGGUCGUGGAACAAAACUGUUCCUAUCCAAAUCAAGCAGAGUCUUCAUCACCUCUUCUCAUCACAGGCUGUUAUGGCUCCUCAAUGUCCAGCUGUAACUGCAUGGGAUGGCAGAAUGAGUUAUGGCGAGCUCGAAAGGCUAUCUGACAAAUACGCGGACAUACUCUUGCAGUUCAAUGUACAGCGCGAAGAGAUCAUCCCUAUUUGCUUCGAGAAGUCAAAGUGGGCUAUCGUUGCUAUACUAGCUGUGCUCAAAGCAGGGGCAGCGUUCGCGCCAUUGGAUCCAGAUCACCCGCAGAGUCGCCACGAGGAGAUAUUUCAACAGGCAAAAGCAACAAAGAUCAUCACUUCUAACGCAGGAAUGAAACGCUACGGAAAAAUCUGGGAAGAGAGAGACAUGGUGGUCAUCACCGUAGGCCACGAAAACAUAACUAAACCGCAAGUUGACCGCCAUUACGAUAAGAAGUUGGCUAUUCGCAAACAUCCAAUCGUUGAAGCUAGCCAGUUAGCUUAUGUUCUAUUUACUUCCGGUAGUACUGGAACGCCAAAGGGGGUAGUCCUCGAACAUGGUGCCGUAGCUACUAGUUGCCUAGCUCACGGAAGCGCCUUCGGGUUUUCGCACCACACUCGUGCUCUCCAGUUUACCAACCUCAUGUUUGAUGUUGCAGUCACCGAGAUCAUCACCACUUUGCUUUUUGGCGGCUGCAUUUGUAUUCCCUCCGAAUACGAACGGCGAAAUGACUUAACCGGCGCAAUCAGGAGCAUGGAAGUCAAUUGGGCAUACUUCACGCCGACGGUUGCACAACUGAUCGAUCCUGCCGAUGUACCAACUUUGAAGAUGGUAGUGCUAGGCGGCGAGCAAGUUAAUAUUGCAGACUGUGAAAGAUGGCGGGAUUGCGAGCGUCUGGUUCAAGGAUACGGCCCUACGGAGACGUGUAUAUUCUCCAGUUGUUUCGUGGGUAUCCACGGGUUUAUACCAGGCAUGAUAGGGAAGGGUAUCACAUCCGUUAACUGGGUCGUUGAUCCUGAUGACUACAACAAGCUUGCACCACUAGGUGCUAUAGGGGAGCUUCUCGUCGAAGGUCCCAUAUUGGCUCGAGGAUAUCUGGAUAACCCCGAGAAAACAGCGAUGGCCUUCAUUGAUAGUCCAAGCUGGCUGUUAAAAGGGGGGUUGGGGUACCCUGGUCGCCAAGGUAGAAUGUACAGAACAGGAGACCUCGUCAGAUACGACGACGAUGGAAACCUGAUCUGGAUGGGUCGGAAAGACAGCCAAGUCAAAAUACGCGGGCAGCGGGUAGAGCUUGGAGAAAUUGAGAGUACACUACUCACCCACGGAUCCAUCUCCCAAGCGGCUGUGGUUGUAUCAAAGAGCGAUAGCACUGGGCUGGUCGGUUUCGUUACGCUCCUCAGCAGGGCCGGUAUCAGCAGCGGAAACGUGUCUGAUCCAAGGACAGAUGCCAGCGUGGUAUCUAUGUGGAAGAACCGGUAUGAUUCUGAAACAUACACGCCUCUUCAAAGCGAUGGCCCACAAUCGGUAGGACGCGAUUUCAUCGGGUGGACAUCGAUGUACGAUGGGUCACAAAUUGAUGAGGAAGAGAUGUCCGAGUGGCUAGACGAUACAAUCAAAACCAUCAUCAAUGGUAGAGAUGCAGGAAGCGUACUGGAGAUAGGAUCGGGAAGUGGGAUGAUCCUAUUCAAUCUAGCGAAACACGGUCUUCAGAAGUACACGGGCCUCGAUUUGUCCGAGACAGCCAUCCAAUAUCUCACGGAUGCGUCGGCGUCUAUCCUAGCUCUCAAAAAUCGAGUGACUCUGUACAGAGGUUCUGCCGCGGAGCUCGCAACAUUUGCACUACCAACCGACAUCGAUCACGUCGUUGUGAAUUCGGUAGCCCAAUACUUUCCCAGCUUAGCAUACCUCUCCCGGGUAGUUCAACAUCUGCUGAGACUAGGUGUCCGCCACAGUAUCUUCUUCGGCGAUAUACGUUCCAAAGCCCUUAAAGACGAGUUCUUCGCAGCUAGAGCUUUGCACAUAACAAAAGGUAUCGCGACCAAGUCAGAAUUUGCACGGAUGAUGACCGACAUGGAGGACGCCGAGAUGGAACUGUUCAUUGACCCGGAAUUCUUUACUUCCCUAGCCACUGCUUUGCCCCAUUUGGUGGAACACGUUGAGAUUUUACCCAAACGUAUGGCCGCCACUAAUGAACUGAGCUGCUAUCGAUAUGCUGCCAUUAUAUACCCGAGAAAUGCAGGAGGCCAGGAGAGGCAUAUACAUUCUAUACCGCAGGACUCCUGGAUAGAUUUUCCCACGAGAAGUCUGGAUAAGACAUCACUAUCAAAACAACUGGAGAAUUUGUCCGGCUCGUCGAUCUUCGCGCUGAGAAAUAUCACCAACAGCAAAACCGUGCUGAGCAAUGUUUUAGUGGAUGCCGUGAAGUGCGUCGACGCUUCAAAAACCAGUGUGGACGACCCAGAGUGCUGGGUUGAUGCCCUUCAAGAGCAAGCCAAAAAUACCUUGUCGUUCUCAGCGCUUGAUCUGGUUCAAAUAGCGAAAGAUUCAAGAUGCAAUGUGGAAAUCAGCUGGAACAAACAAUACUCUCAGCAUGGCGGUCUUGAUGCUGUAUUUCAUCGAUUUGACAAAGAAGGUGCGGGGGAAAGAACGCUCUUUCGGUUCGAUACAGACCGGGCAGUCAGCCCUACCAACAGAACACGUGAUACCAGUCUACAGCAGCAGGGAGCUUCACAAAAGAUUGAACUGGAGUUACAAGAAAUGCUACAGGGCAAACUUCCAUCGUACAUGGUGCCCCAGAGAAUUAGUGUUUUGGACCACAUGCCCCUAAAUUCAAACUUCAAGAUUGAUCGGAAGGUGCUUGCCCAACGAAAGUUAGAAUCAGCUCGUCGGACGACUUCAUUUCGUUCCCCCAUACUGGACGACGAAAAGCUGUUGCAGCAGCUCUGGUGCGAAAUUCUUGAUCUCGAAAAAGAAGCUCUGGGGCUUGACGACAGCUUCUUUCGGCUAGGUGGCAACUCUAUCGACGCGAUGAAGUUAGUAGCAAAGGCGCGAAAUCAAGGAGUGCAACUCACCGUCUCUACUAUCUUCCGGUACCCAAGCCUUUUCGAUCUAGCCAGGCAGUGUAGAACGCAACAACUCACUACCAAUGAAGAUUUACCGAAUUUCUCGAUGCUAGGUACGGAUGUAGAUCUCAAUCGCAUUUGUGAUGAGGUUGCGGCUAGCUGUUGUGUCGAAGCGGCUGCUAUUGAAGACAUUUAUCCGUGCUCGCCACUCCAGGAGGGUUUGAUGUCACUGACCGCGAAGACGUCCGGCAACUACGUUAUGCAAUACAUCCUUGAGCUGAAAAGCAACGUUGAUGAAGUUGCUUUCAUGAAGGCUUGGGACAAUUUCGUGGGCUCUGCAGCAGCAGCGAUUUUCCGUACACGAAUCGUGCAGCAUACCACACAAGGUCUCAUACAGGUUGUUGUCAAGGAAGACAUAGAUUGGUUGAUAGCGGAAGACCUGGAGAUCUAUCUUUUGCAAGAGAGUUCAGCGCCAAUGGGCUUGGGUGAUUCAUUAGCACAUUACGCUAUCGUGGAGGAUCGGGCGAAGCAUGGGAAAAAACAAUUUGUGUGGACUGUUCACCAUGCCCUUCACGACGGUUAUUCAUUACCCCAAGUCUUGGAGUCUGUCAAGCUCAAUUAUCAGGAUUCAAAACUUCAAGAGCGAGCGUGUUUUAAUGCUUUUAUCAACCACAUCAGCCGGUUGGACCAAGAGGACGCUGCGAAAUACUGGAAAAAAUCGCUAUCGGAAUGUGAAGCAACACCGUUCCCACCACGACCCACGACAGUGAAAUCGUUCACUGCAUCCUCAGUGGCGAGAGAAACUUGUCAAAUCCCACCCAGUUUCGGGUUGAGUGGAAUAACAGAAUCCACACUAAUCCGUGCCGCAUGGGCCAUUGCGACUAGCUCCUAUACUGGCUCAAACGACGUUAUUUUUGGAGCAACUGUUACAGGCAGGAAUGCCCCAAUACCCAAGAUUGAAACAGUGUUAGGACCAACUAUAGCGACUGUUCCUGUUCGCAUCUGUUUGAGACGGGAUCAGACCGUAUAUGAUUUGCUGCAAACCACCCAGCGGCAAGCUAUUGAUAUGAUCCCGUACGAACAGACGGGGCUCCAACGCAUUGCAAAGAUGGGACCAGAUGCUCAGCAUGCAUGUGGAUUCCAGACGCUUUUGAUUGUGCAAACCGGCCACAAUGGACUAGGUGAUGAUGGAGUGCUCGGCACGUGGCGUAGUACCACCAAACUACAAUCAGUAACAUCUUAUCCAUUGAUGGUGCAGUGUGAGCUCGGUUCCAGAAACAUUGAGAUUACCGCCAGUUUUGAUGAACGCGCUAUCAGACCAUGGCAAGUCGAAACGCUAUUGCGGCAGUUUCAUCUCGUUGUGAAGCAACUAGCAACUGCAGGUCCGAAUGCAAAACUGGGCGAGAUCAGCACUUUAACUCCCGAGGACAGAGAAAAGCUGUGGAAAUGGAACAGUGAGGUCCCAUCCAAAUUGGAUAUUUGCAUCCAUAAUGCUUUCACUGGUCAAACAAUGAAACAACCAAGGGCUCAAGCUAUCGACGCAUGGGACGGAAAUAUGACAUAUGGCGAUCUGCACGAUCGGUCAAGUCGAUUGGCUUCGCAUCUGGUCAGUGUUGUCAAGGUCAAAAUUGGAGACACAAUUCCACUCUGCUUUCAAAAAUCAAAAUGGACAAUAAUGGCUGCGCUUGCUGUACUCAAAGCUGGCGCAACAUUCGUGUUUCUCGACACAGCUCAGCCGAUAGCUCGGUUACAGGCCAUUGUCAAGUUUACGAAAGCCCGGCUUGUGCUAUCUUCUGAAACGAGUGGAAAGUGGAGCGCUCAACUCGAUGCCCGAGUUUUAUUUGUGGAUCAGGAGCUCGAAUCCAUGAAAAAUAUUGCGGCCCAAAACAUUCUUCAAACUGUACCGAGCUCCGCCACAGCAUAUAUUGUGUUUACAUCUGGUAGCACUGGAAAUCCAAAAGGAAUCGCUAUGCAACAUGACAGCUUCUGCACGGCGGUGCAAAGUCAAGCCGAUUUACUGGGAUUCACCCCGAGAAGUAGGGUGUUCGACUUCGCAUCGUACAGUUUCGAUGUUGCUAUUCAUAAUGCCUUCGCAACGUUGAUGGUCGGUGGGUGUCUAUGUGUUCCUUCAGAAGAGGAGAGGAAAGGGGACCUGGGGCUGGUCAUGUCGCACAUGCGAGCCACUUUGGUCGACUUGACGCCUUCCGUAGCCAGUUUGGUGAACCCUGAAGAUGUACCCACACUGUCAACAUUGAUCCUAGCGGGUGAGAAAGUGGAGCCAAAAGACGUACUUCGAUGGCCCAGAUCAGUGAAAGUCAUCAAUGCUUAUGGACCAGCAGAGUGUGCGCCUAUGGCUACCAUCAAUUCGAAUGUGAAUCGCUCUGCACCAUCGAUAAGUAUUGGGAUAGGUGUCGGUGUCAACACGUGGGUUGUUGACCCAGACGAUACGGACGUGCUGCUUGGCGUAGGCUCAGUUGGAGAGCUACUGCUAGAAGGGGCACUUCUAAGCAAAGAAUACCUGCAUGAUGUGGAGAAGACAAAUGCGAUGUUUCCAAGAGAUCCUGCUUGGCUCAAAGAUGGCUGCGGAAGCUAUCCAGGACGUCACGGGACGUUGUACAAGACUGGAGAUCUCGUAAAGUAUGAAGCUGACGGGAGUCUUACCUACGUCGGCAGAAAGGACAGCCAAAUCAAAGUACGAGGGCAACGCGUAGAGCUGGGGGAGAUUGAGCAUCACGUGCGACAGUGUAUACCGACAGCCAGAAACGUGGCCGCUGAAGUGGUGAGGCUGACAGAUGGAAAUGGGAGCGCAGGAAUUGCAAAGAUUGCUGUGUUUUUGCAGCUCAAAGCGGCAGCCGGAUCACGAUGUGGCCCGGAUCCUACAGUGGUUCACUCAGCUGAGUGGGAUCAAUUGCUGGGUCAAAGGCUGCCAACUUAUAUGAUGCCAGAGAUUUACUUGGUUAUGGAAUCGCUUCCCACCACGCCCUCUGGAAAGAUGGACAGAAAACGACUAAGAGAAGUCGGUGCGUCGAUCACUGUCCGGGAGCUGGCGAAUGUGCAUGCGGAUACUAGAGCCGUCCAACGACUUCCCAAGACAGCAACGGAAAAGAAAUUGCGAGAACUAUGGGCACAGAUACUAGAGAUUGACGUGGGAAGCAUUGCACUAGACGACAAAUUCCUCCAGUUGGGAGGCGAUUCGAUUUCAGCAAUGAGGCUUGUAGCCGAGGCACGAAAACAUGAUAUUGCGAUCUCAGCCUCCUCUAUAUUCCAACAUCCCAGGCUGAUUGACUUGGCACAUUUCAGCGACACACAAGAGAACCGUGUGGCUGAUGCUGCAAUCCUCAAACCAUUUGCACUUCUGGACGGUAGCCUGAACGUAGAAUAUCUACGACAACAGGUCGCAGCAAGCUGCGGUGUAAAAGCUCGUGUGAUUGAUGAUAUCUACCCUUGUUCACCACUUCAGGAAGGGCUGCUAUCGCUGUCUUCAAAGCGCGCGGGCGACUAUAUCUUGCAAGGGGUACUGAAGCUCAAGAAAGACAUCGACGAGGACCUUUUUUGCAUGGCAUGGGGACGUGUCAUUGCAUCAAUGCCUAUAUUACGAACGAGGAUCGUGCAGAAUGCCCAGCUAGGUCUACUUCAGACUGUCUUAUCGCCCCCAGAGGAUCUUUCGUUGAUCGGUAAGCACGUUGAAAGCCUGCAAUCAUAUCUAUCCCACGAUAAGUUGCAGCCAAUGGGUAUUGGGGACCCACUCGCGCGGUAUGCUAUGGUGAGAAAUGAAUGUGAUGAUACACUACCGUGCUUGGCUAUGGGGAGUCAUGAAGACAGCAUACAGGGCGCAAACAGCGAGGCUAAUCACAAUAAAGAGAGUGGCACUUGGUUUGUAUGUACACUGCAUCAUGCUUUGUAUGAUGGCUGGUCUUUGGAUCGCGUAUUGAAUGCCGCUAAAGAAACGUACACCGCGCUCAAAAACGAUAUAACCUCGCCGACUUCCAAGAUAGUACACCAGCCCGGCUUCAACUCCUUCAUUCAAUAUGUCGAUAUCCAGCAACGUCAAGAGGACACCAAGGUAUACUGGCAGAAGACGCUAGCUGAUUGUAGGGACGCAACCUUAUUUCCUCCUUUGCCUUCCAACAUCCAGCAUCCUGUUGCAGAUUCGCUCAUCGAAUUCAUCUGCCCGCCGAUUCCUAAAGUCACAUCAGUCGACACGACACUCUCAACUCUUAUCCGCGCAGCUUGGGCUAUUGUGGACAGCAGCCACUCUAACUCUGACGAUUUGGUAUUUGGCGCAACCGUCAUUGGUCGUAAUGCACCUGUACCUGGAAUCGAAGAUAUUCCAGGUCCGACUAUCGCAACUGUGCCUAUUCGAAUAAGAAUGCCCGAAAAGCAAUCUACGACGAUUGCGGAUUUUCUUCGGGCUUUCCAGCAGCAGGCAACCGACAUGAUUCCUUUUGAACAGACAGGGCUGCGCCAGAUCGCUAAGAUAAGCGGUGAGGAUGGACGGCAUGCAUCCCAGUUCCAGACCUUGGUCGUUGUCCAGCCACCUGAAAAUCGGGACUUCGAGCAGGAUGACGUGCUUGGUAGAUGGGAGACCGUCUCAGAGUUGCACCAUUUCACAACUUACGCACUCAUGAUUCAAUUCACCCUACCUAACGAGGUUGGUGAGGGAUCCGAAGGUGGAAUUGACGUUUCAGCAAGUUUUGACUCUCGCGUGAUCGAGCAGUGGCACGUGAGGAAGAUGCUUCGCCAAUUCGGCUUCGUCAUCCAACAGUUGGCCAGAGACACCACCGCAAGUCUCGCAGAUGUUGACCUGAUUUCUCCGGGGGAUAAAGCAGAGGUCUGGAGCAAGAAUCUCAAGCCAAAACUCGCGGUAGAGAGUUGCGUGCACAGUCUGAUCGAGAAGCUGUCGAAGACACAACCGAAUGAACCAGCCAUAUGCGCUUGGGAAGGCGAGGGCGAUGCCGGGUAUACCGAGACUACUUAUGCUGAUCUAGAUAUGAUGUCUUCAAAAUUGGCCAGACAUCUAGCUCACCAUAAUAUUUCUUCCGAGGACGCUGUGCCUGUCUGUUUCGAGAAGUCCAAGUGGAUGGUUGUAGCCAUACUAGCGAUACUCAAAUCUGGAGGGACAUUUGUACCACUCGAUCCAGACCAUCCCGCCAGUCGGCACCAGGAAAUAAUUCAGCAGACGAAAGCGAAGAUCGUGCUUACAUCUAGCCGAUGUUCAUCUUUGUUUCGACAGUCCUUAUUAAGCAUUGUCAUCAUCAACGAAGCAAACAUCAAACAAUUACAGCCUCCAUAUCUUCCAUCAAUUCCGAUAGUAAAUCCACGACAAUCUGCCUAUAUUAUUUUCACAUCAGGCAGUACAGGGGUACCCAAGGGUGUAAUUGUUGAGCACCAAGCUGUUUCGACAAGCUGUUUAGGCCACGGUGCAAUGUUUGGCUUCAACCGAAAAACAAGGGCCCUCCAGUUUUCAUCAUACACAUUCGACGCUUGCAUUACCGAAAUAAUCACGACCCUAAUUCAUGGUGGGUGCGUAUGCAUACCAUCUGAGAAAGAUCGAACAGACAAUUUACCCGCUGCUAUCCGUUUAAUGAACGUGAACUGGGCUCUUCUGGUCCCCUCAGUCGCUAAACUGCUGACCCCGAGCCUUUUACCUUCUCUGAAAACAUUGGUUCUAGGCGGCGAACAGGUAGCCAAAUCCGAUUGGACUCAAUGGGACACUCUUGUUCAGGCCAAUAAUGCAUAUGGGCCUACUGAGUGCUGCGUUAUCUGCGUCGGACAUGCUGGCUCAUAUUUCAAGUCAGGGUUGAUUGGUAAAUCGAUCGCAUCCACGAGUUGGGUAGUGGAUAUGAAAGACCACGACAAACUCGCUCCGCUGGGAUCUAUCGGGGAGCUGGUAAUAGAGGGCCCUAUUUUAGCCCGCGGCUAUCUUAACGACUCAGAGAAAACCGCAAAAGCGUUUAUCGAGAAUCCCACUUGGCUCUUGGAGGGCGACAAUAGUAGCAGUCAUGCCGUAGUCGGACGACAGGGCACCAUAUACAAAACCGGAGAUCUGGUCAGACUUGACUCAAAUGGCGACCUGAUCUACAUUGGCCGCAAAGAUGGCCAAGCUAAAAUUCGAGGCCAGCGUGUUGACCUUGGAGAAAUUGAACACAACGUACGUCACGCACUACAGGCUGAGCACGUGGCGACCGAGAUCGUUAUGCUGGACGAAAACCACGGCGAGAAAAUACUAGCAGCUUUCAUUCAACUGGGAGCGGUAUCCAAUAGUGACAUGAUUUCCACCACUGCUGUCACAGAGAAAGAUAAUUCACUUGCAAAAGUCUUCAACCUCAGUGAUGCAACAAAAAAGGUUCUGGCCGAACGUAUGCCACGAUAUAUGAUACCGGACGUCUACUUUGUCAUGGAUCGCCUCCCGACAACGGUAUCGGGGAAAAUGAAUCGGAAGGAGUUGCGCAAGAUCGGGGCCUCGUUUACUACUCAGCAGUUAGUUGCUGCACGAGCAAAAGACAAGCAAAGGCGGGAGCAUCAGCCGUCAAACAGGGUCGAGCGGCUUCUCCAAGGCAUUUGGUCACAACUUCUGAAUGUAGAGGUUGAGAGCAUUGGGAUAGACAACAGUUUCAUUGAGCUCGGUGGCGACUCCAUUGCGGCCAUGAGAUUUGUGGCAGAGGCUCGAAACCAUGACAUUUAUCUCAAUGUCGCGGAUUUGCUCCGUAAUGAUUCCCUAGCCACCCUAGCCAAGAUAUGCAGGGUGAGCCCCGAGCUCGAUGAGUCCGAGGAAUCACCGCUUUUGUCCACCAAUACACAACAGGCUGUGAUCUCUAGCCUUCGUCGUCAGUACCAAGUUGAAGUCAGUGACGUCCUCGAAGUUCUGCCGACCACCUACAUGCAACGCUUCUACGUUACAAGAGCGCUCCAAUGUCCACUAGAAGCUUUCAAUUACGUGUUUGUUGAUCUGACCCCACGAAUCGACAUUCGGCGACUCAAAGAUAGUUGCCGUGAACUAAUGGAACACUAUCCAAUUCUUCGCACGAGAUUUGUCUUUGAUGAUCACCAGAUGUAUCAAGCGGUGCUCAGAAGUCCUGAGCUACCAUUUGGCACAUUUAGUGUCGAGAAAUCAAUCGAACAGACGUCCCAGUCAAUCUGUAUGCAAGACCUGGAGCAAUCGUCACCUCUCGCACUUGGCACUUCAUUCAUGCUUCUGCAGGGUGGGACUUACGGACUUCGACUCAUAAUGCGGCUAUCCCAUGCACAAUACGACGGCAUAUCUCUCCCAAUAUUGCUCAGCGCUCUUGCUUCGCUCUAUCAGCAUGAGCCCGUAAGUGUCCUAUCAAGCUUUGCAGGAUAUCUGGCAUAUGCAAAGAAGCGGCAAUCGACAUCGGCUCAAUAUUGGACAAAUCUGCUCAGAGGCUCAACUCUGACAGAUGUCAGCAAGACUAUGCCCGUGGAAAAUUCUGCGCGACUGGAGAUUUCCCCCAAAAACGUCCGAUUCGAAAAGGUGAUCGGCAUGCCUGAGCCUCCCAAAGGUAACACCAUUGCUUCCCUUGUCAGCGCUGCCUGGGCAUUAGUACUUGCAUCUUUCAGCGGAACCGAUGAUGUUGUAUACGGCUACUUAGUCGCCGGACGUAACUCAAACAUACUUCACAUCUCAGAGAUUGCAGGCCCCUGUUUGAAUAUCGUCCCCGUUCGCGCGCAAGUUGGGCCGGAUACGACAUUGAAACAGCUGUUGCAGUCUGUUCACACACAGCAAGCCUCUCUCGGAGAGUGUGACGCCAUGGGAUUAGACGAUAUAGUCAAACAAUGUACAGACUGGCCGGUUGACGCGGCUGUUCCUACAUUAGUUCAGCAUCAAAACGUGGAUGAGCGACCCGAGUUUCGCUUCGCAAACACGAAUGUCAAAGUUGGAUGGUUCAACAAUCCGUCGUUUGUUCAGCGGCAGAUAACUCUAGUUUCCUACCAUCAGGAGGAUGGACUGAGAAUCGUUCUACAGGGGAACACGCAUAUUCUCAGUUUCGAACAGGCGGAGAUGCUGCUUGGGAUGGUUUGCAAAGCUGUGACGAACUUCUCUCUAGAUCCAUCGAUGAAAGUGGGGAGCUUCAAAGACUGUUAG